AUGAACAACGAGCAGUUCCGCAAGCUGAUGCUUGCCAAUUCGAAGCAAGCAUCCGGCUCAAAAAAUGACCCUUCUCCUCCCGCCGCAAAACCCAGUGGUGGAGGCACAGCUCUUGGAUCCCGGCAACGAUCCAGCAUGCCCAUGACACCGCGAUCUGUUGCAGGCCAUCAAAGCGAUUUUGCUCGACAGCUUGCCGAACGCAACCAGUCUGAGCGGCCACAGAAAAAAGUUAGAACCUCGGCACCCAAAGGCGUCAGGCUCGCAGAGGGUUAUGUCGACCGCGCGCGAAAUCGGGCGACUGCCGAAAUUGAUGACCGAGAAGCGAGACUAGGGGCCCUCGAAGAAUCGUACAAGAAGGAAGAAAUUGACGAGGGGACAUAUGAGAAGCUACGAUUUCAGAUUGCAGGGGGUGACUUGGAGAGUACACAUUUAGUCAAGGGACUGGAUUUUAAGCUUCUUGAGCGAGUAAGAAAGGGGGAAGACGUAUACAACGAGAAGCCAUCUGGGUCAACAAAUUCAGGGGCCCAAGAAGAUGACACACAUGUGGAUGAUGCCUUUGACAUGCUCGAAUCACAAGAGAUUCAUGCGAUCGAAAAGGAAAAAACUGACAAGAAAGGCCAACUAUCUACAGUUGCAGCGGGAAAGAAGAGGACAAGAAACCAAAUCUUGGCGGAUAUGAAGGCGGCGAGGGCAGCGGCCAAGGCACAAGCUGAACCCAGUUUGGGUGAUCGAUUCCGCAAGAUCGGAACGACACAGAAACUCGGCACGCGCAUAGAAGUAGAUAACAAAGGUCGGGAAGUACUGAUUAUCGUUGACGCCGACGGACAUGAGAAACGAAAAGUUCGGAAACUGAGGCCUGGGGAAGAAGAGGAGUCAAAAGACAUAUUGCCAAUGCCCGACAAGAACGCAAAGCCAUUGGGCAUGGAAGUCCCCGAGCAAUUUAGAACAAAGGAAGAACCAGCGGCUGAGGAUGACGGAGAAGUUAAUAUUUUCGAUGACGUGGGAGAUGACUACGAUCCACUGGCCGAAAUAGAUGGUUCAGAGUCGGGCUCGGAUUCGGAUUCGGAAAUGACAGAGCAGACAACAGCUGGAAAUGGCGUCCCACGGGACAAGCUGACAGCACCAGAUUCAAUGCCGCCACCGCGGAUACCGCAAACAGGCCCCAGAAACUACUUUCAAGAUUCCAAGACACGCCUCAUUUCCGAGGAAGAGGGAGAACGAGCGCCCUCCAUGUCGGACCCAGCCAUCAUGGCGGCUAUCAAGAAGGCAGCGGCACUACGUCCGAUUGAGACAGAAGACGACGACGAGGAGUCCCGUCAAAAUGCCGUGGCAGCUGAAGAGCGAAGAAGAAAGUUAUUACAAAUGUCUCAACGGGACGAUGACGACCUUGACAUGGGCUUUGGCACCAGCAGAUACGAAGACGAAGAGGACUUUGAAGACCACAAACUCGCGUCAUGGGGUGAAGAUGAUAAUAGCGAAGGAGGCCAUAGCCGGAAUGCACGAAGCCAACGCAAAAGAGGUCCAAAGAAGCGCAAGGUCGAUAAAAACAACGCUGCAGAUUUUCUUCGGAUGAUGGAGUCCCGGAAGGCAGCAUCAUGA